CAAAUUAGGUCGAGAUGGCCACGUAACGAACGCGAAGCACUGAUCCACACGAACAACUUUCAUUGAUCUCAGCAGUCUGCAAUUACCAACAGAACAAUGUCGUCGAUCCUGCCUGCUUCUAAACUGUGGAGUCAGGGGACUCCGUUCACGCCUUUGAUCUCAAUUGAUUCGCAGCCGAUUCUUGCAAUUCUUCUUCUUCUUGCCGGAAUUGUGCUCACCGCGCUCUUCAGCAUGACCGACAAACGCGGAAUCUCGGGGUUUAUCAAGCAGAGUGUUGUGGCGAUUCCAGCGUCUUUGACUCUUGGAUUCGGAUUUGUUUACCUACUCUGCGCGGUCGGUGUAUAUGUCUAGUGAGAUAGAGAUGAUAUGUAUUCAAAAGGAAGAAAGGCUAGAUAUUUGUACGAUAGGAAUAGGAAAGAUAGAAAAGGAUAUGAACAGAUGCAGAUGCAGAUGCACUCCAUACCGCUGCUUGACAGCACAGCACAUUAACUACAAUACAAAUACAUACAGAUCACUAUAACCAC